UCGAACCGCCAGUAACAGCGUUGCCGCCGCGCGAACCGCCGAAGCCAGUGCCGUGUGUUUGACGGUGGUCGUCGUCGUCGCCGCCGGCCGACUAUGAAAUGCUCUCGGCCAACGGUAUCACGUCGUUCUUGGCCGCUGCUCUCAUCUGCACGCUAUCGUGCAUAGCCGACGCCAACGCCGGUAUUGAUUGCUUCAAAUGUGUUUCACUAGAGUGGAAAAACCGUGCAUGCGAUGACCCGUUCCACAAUAACUUCAGUUCCGGUCUCCUCGAGUCGCCAUGUAUGGGAGGGCGAAAAAACCGCAAUGGUCUGUUUCCUGCCACCGCUUGUAUAAAACUCACCGGAUACUACCAAAAAACUGGACAGCAUGUCACGGUAAGAGGAUGUGCAUUGGAUAGCGGGACGCUCACCACAGACACAGAAAUCAUUCGGAUGUCACAUUGUGGAGGAUUUUUUUUUGAAGAUCAAUAUGUGGAAGGUUGUUUGCAGAGCUGUGACGAUGCGGACGGAUGUAACCCCGGUUCGCCUACGCCAUCGCUGGACUUUACUCUCGCCGUGUUGUGGAUAGCAGCCUUGCCCGUAUUCAGGUUUAUGGUGGUGCGAUAAAAUUUUACCUUUUUUUUUUAUUACUAUACUAGGAGUCGCAACGUAUAACGCGACUAAACCAAUAAUAAAAAAAUCUCAACAAAAAACCAAAUAAAAAUGAAAUGGUUUUUUUUUUUUUUUAAUUAACGCCAACGACAGCGCCGAUCAUCAUAUUUUCGGGGUGCACAUGGGUAUAUUAAGACGGUGUGUUAGUAUGUAUACUUACAUGCCUAUUGAGUGUUGUAAUUUGUUUUUUUUUCUUCAAAAUACUUCCUUUUGAUAUAUUAUUCACACGGCCAAUACAUGUGUACAUGUCAUGGAAAACGCGAAUCGUUUAUGGCAGUGUGCAAUAAUGUAGAAAUAUGACCAGACUACAAUAAUUGCGGAUAUUAUAUUGUAUUUUUCCUUUUUUUUUUUACAUGGCUUUUUAUCGAUUAUAUUAUAAUAUUGUGUAAAAUUAACGAGUAACUGAACAUAUCCCCUUUGAGCAUAUCUCGAUACGUUAAAAUUGUAUGACUAUAGUAUUUUUUAUUUAGCGAAUUAAUUAUUAUUACAACA